UUUAUUUCUGAUUUAGUACUGCGUAACCAAAACAUCCCGUUUAGGACGGAAUUAAGUCUAUUUAAAAUGCUACGAUUUCGUAAGCGGCUUGAGAAAACUUCCGGUGAUUGAGAAGAGUAAACUUUGAUUUUUGAUGCAGUAGCAAGUUAAUAAAGUCAUGGGGCUUGCGGAGGAAGAGGUAUUGAUAAGGGAUGACUCUGGUCUCUUGCUAGAUGUUGGUGAAACAAGGGUACCAAAGUCACAAGAAUGGUCGAAAAAACUCAUGAAAACAUGCUGUCUCUCACUAGGAUUCUUAGCUUUGGGUUUAUGUGUGUCAAUUCCUGGCCCAACAUUACUUGACCUUGAGGACCAGGUCAAGGCCACAACAUUUCAGAUGAUGGUUAUAUUUGUUUCAAGGUCAAUAGGUUAUCUCCUAGGAGCGUUGCUAGGUGGAGUUCUGUUUGAUUGCUUUGAUAAACAACUCCUGAUGUUCUGCACUUUACUCCUUGCGUCUGUAGCAACUGUUGCUAUUCCAUGGAGUCUUACUAUGGUUGUCAUGGCAACAAUGUUUGCCCUGCAAGGGGUUACCAUGGGAGCACUUGACACAGGAGGCAAUGUGUUCUGUAUUCAGCUAUGGGGAAAGAAGAAUCCACCUUUCAUGCAGACUUUACACUUCGCAUUUGGAAUCGGAGCAUUUGUAGCCCCACUUCUGGCGAAACCAUUCCUAUCUCAUGUAGAUAUGCAACGCAAUGCCACCAGUAUUGUUCAAGGAAAUAUUCCUGUAGCCCCUUUCCUGACAAAUAAUUUGCAUGCAAAUAUUACCUUGAGGUCCCUGGAUUCAUUACAGGCAGAAUUCAAUAGACCUGUAAGAGAUUUUUUUGAAAGUCCUAACAGAUUGAAACAAAAACAAAAAAGAGAUACCUUCUCUGAAAGAGGCUCUUUGAAACUCAUGGAUAGUUUUCAGUACUUGCAACCACAUGGAGGUUUGCCUGAACAGUUAGGCGGUAGAUUGAAAAGGGAUUCGGGAAAUGAUGAAGAUGAAAAUACUGGAAUGUGGAGAUGGAAGAGACAACAUCAGUUAUCAAGGCGACAAGUGACCGGUCAAAAUGAGAGCGGACCUAAUGCAGGCACAACAACAACAACAAAUUCAAAUAUAAAUACAAAACUAGUAGACAAUUCGAAUGCAGAAAAAGCUAAUGAGACUGAAAAAUUAGGCACAGAAUCUACUAAAGGUGAUACAGUUAGCCCUGAAAACUCAGAAGAGAAUAAAGUAAAAGAAUCUGACAAGCUGGUUCAAGUCAAUCUUACAGAUGUUAAAUCAAGUACAGAUAAAACUAUUACUCAGAAUGCAAACAUCUCGUUAGCAUCUAAAGUCAAAAGUAAUGUCACAGUUACAGUAAAUAGAACUGAUAGUAAUACAAGUACCAGUGUGACUACAUUGCUAACUACACCACCGACAACCACCGAAGUGAAAAGCGAAGAGCAAGUUCAUAAACCAAGUGCUGCCACUGAUAGUAAUAGAAAACCCGAUACAGCUGAUGGUAAACCUAUUGCUAAACAUUUAGAUGAGCAUAAAAUACCUGUACCUGUUAAUGAAGAUGAAGAUGAUGAAAAUGCUCCUAGUACGACUAAGAAAGAACUGACAAGCACAAAGCUGCCUGAUUUAGACAAAGAUAAAACAGUCAAUGAAUCCGCACUGGUUGGUAAUCAUACUUCUACAGACCAAAUUAAUGCUACUAGUGGAAAUAAUUCUGGUGAAGCGAAUAUUACCCAAGCUUCCAGUGAAACAAAUACAUUUAACACAAGUAAUCAUGAGAGUGUAACAAGUACUGUGUCUACAUUAAAACAAACGGAGGUCUCUGAACCAGCAAUAGAAAAAGAAAAAGAGUCACUUGGUCCCCAGUCUAAUAUGAAACUAAAUACAACUACCGCAAAACCUACAACAACAUCAAGUACAAAGAAGCUAACGACUACUACCUUACCGCCAACUACAACAACAACUACAGAAAAGACAACUACAACAAAGAAGGCUACAACAACAACAACAAUAAAAGCUACAACAACAACAAGUAAGAAAACUACAACAGAGAAAAUAACAAACAUCAGAAAAGGUUAGACAACGAUGAAAUUAACACCAGCGCCAACAACAACAACAAAAUCAACAGAGCCAAGUACAAGAAAAAUAACACCAGCAACAAAACAACCAACUACGUUGAAGACUGUUCAACCUGAUGUGAAAAUUACGCCAACACCGGAAAUAUUCAGUACUAAUUCAACUGUUAAUGUUCUAUCAAUCACAAACGCUUCGAUCCCAAAUGAUAAAGUGAGUACAACUGAAGUAUCAAAGAAGCCCCAAUCUGCUGUCGACAGUUUCCUGCAUAAUGCAAUACAUGCUGUGAAAAAUAUAUCCAGAAUUCAGUUUGCUUACUUAAGUAUCGGCAUUGCAUUAUUUCUAAUUGCCAUUUUAUUUCUAGUGUUAUACUGCACGGAUAAGAGACGUCUAACCCCCGACAGAGACUUUGAUGAACUGGAGCGAUUCAAAGCCUCGGUUACAUGUUCCAAAGCCAGCUUGAUCUUUUUAUUAGGGGUUUUCUUUUUCUGUUACAUGGGAUUAGAGGUAACAUUUGGUGCUUUAGUAACAACAUUUGCUGUAGACUUUAACAAAUGGCCUAAGGAGCAGGGUGCAAUGGCAGCUGCAAUAUUUUGGGGUUCGCUUGCAACAGGAAGAGGACUUUCAAUCUUUUUCUCGAGAUGUUGCGGUCCCACUGUCAUGUUGGUGUUUGACAUGAUAUUUAUGAUUAUUGGAGGACUAGUGCUUUCAAUAGGGAUUCAUUUCUAUGAUAAACUUCUGUGGCUAGGAACACUGAUUCUCGGCCUCGGAAUGUCAUCAGCUUUUCCAGCAGGAAUUUCAUGGGCGCAGAAAUAUUUUCACCUUACUGGAAAAUCCACAGCCGUUUUUGUGAUAGGUUCUGCACUGGGACAAAUGAUUGUCCCAGUUAUUACAGGGUACUUUUAUGAAUACAAGGGUUCAAUUAUUUUAAUGUACACUACUUUAGCUUUAAGCAUAAUGAUUUUAGUAAUUUUCAUUCUCAUGCAAUGUGUUGCAAGAAAAAGGGGAGUAACUCUGAAGGUGAAUGAGAGAAAUGGAUUCCUUCCCCUUGAAGAUGUUGAUGAUGAAAAUGAUGAAACUUUAGAGAUGGAUGAUUUAAUUCAUUUUGACAAGUCACAAGCAAGGAAGAGGCGUGAUAAAAGAGGGGGAGGUGAUGCAGAAUAUCAUACCCUGAUAUCUGACCUCGAUGAUGACUAAACUUUUGAUGACUUUUUGUCACAAUUGUACAUAAUAUGUUGUUAUUGUUGUUACGCAAUCUUUACGCAAUUUGUAAAUUUUAUUUUGUUUUUAAAGCAUUUGUUUAUGAUCGAGUUCUGUUAUGAAAUUUUGAACACGUGGUCUUUGUGCAAAUUAUGUUGUGUUGGUCAAAAUAAAGCAAAAAAGAUGUUGUCCUAGCUUAGACCAAAUAGUGAUUAUUUAGUUUUGUGUAUGUUAAAAAAUAAUAUUUUUUCAACCUUUACCUUCACAAUGUCAUGGGAUAAAAAAAAGUUAAUAAUUUUGAAAUGAAAUUUUGGGAAUUUUGAGAUAGAAAUAUUAUAUACCUUUACCCUCACAAUGUCAUGUAGUUAUAAAUUAUGAUGUGAAAUACAGAAGUACAUAGUAACA